UGAAGCAUUGAUACAUCCGGUCACGGUACUUUUGCUUUCAUAGGUCAAUACUGUGACGACUGUAUCAUCUGCUAUACAUAGGGGAGUUGUCCACCAACAGUCCUCAAGUUUACUCGGGAAGACGGCUGGUGAUUGACGUGAAGCAAGAACUAUCAACAUUUGACAAGAUCUCGUAACGUUAGCUAAAAGUAAGCUAACUGGCUAAUUAAGCUGUUCUGCAGAGUUUUUCGCUCACUCAGGGGGAAUGGAGAAAGCUAAACAAGAUGCAUUCGACAAUGCCAGACUUCAGGUGAUCAAAGAUGGCUAUGAGAGAGCCUUUGAGUGCUUAAAUAAAGGACUGACAGCAGACGAAGCUGGAGACAAGGCGCAGGCUCUGGAGCUCUAUAAGCGUGGGCGACAGCACCUUCUCAGGGCCAUCAGUGUGCCUUCACAGGGAGAAGAGUGUGUGGGCAGCUCCUGGGAAUCAGCCAGACAGAUGCAGCAGAAGAUGCAGGAGACGCUGAACAACAUCACCACUCGCCUGGCCAUACUAGAGACCAGCUCUGACCUUGGAUCUGCACCUACUCUGACCACUACCAGUGUGCCUGGACCUGGUGCUGAGGGCAUGCCUGCCCAAAGUAUCUACCCAAAACUCCCCACCAAAGAGAAGCCAGAGAGGCCAGCUCCACCAAACCUGCUCUCUGCUAAUGGCUGUGCAGCAGGAGCUGUAGGAGGCAUGCCUGUAGGCAGUAAUGUGGGUCUCCCUCUCUCACCUACCAGACAGCCUGCGGUUCCGGCCGAACAGCCUCCAGCUUACUCUCCUCAAGCAGCUGAUGGCCACCUAUCUAUUUCAUAUGGCACAGAUUCAGGGGAGAUGUCGUUGGUCGGGGAUGAGUUCUACAGUCGCACAUCUAACUCAACACCAUCUCCCCAGAGUAUGGGCGAAGAGGGUGAGGAGCUGCUGUACAUCCCUCAUGGUGUGCAGAUAUUCUUUGUCACACCUGAGGGUCAAGUGAGCGCUCCAUCCUACCCCGGUUACCUGCGGCUGGUGAAGUUUACCAGUGAUCGCUCUGACAGAAUGCCCAACCGACCACCAGCAUUUCUGCAAGUGUGCGACUGGCUGUACCCUCUCAUGGCUAUGGAUUCACCAGUGCUGCUGUGUAACACUGGAGUGUUUAUGUUUCCGGACAUGAUGGCGCCAGCUCCAGGCUAUUAUGUGGGGGUGGUGUUGUCCUCUGAGCUGCCUGCUGCUAACAGAGAACUGUUCCAGGACCUGCUGUCACAGAUGACAGAUCUCAGGGUUCAGGCACCAGAUGAAGCUGCAGACACCAUUAAUCUCAGUCAGAAAGUGUCCAUCGCUACACCUGACGAGACCGCACCAGAGGAGACCGCACCAGAGGCAGCCGAGGAGGAUAAAUCUCUGCCCGAGUGGAGUGAAAAGGUGGCAAAUGGGAUCCUGACAGGUGCAUCCUGGUUAAGCUGGGGUCUGGUGAAAGGAGCUGAGUUCACAGGCAAGGCUAUUCACAAAGGGGCGUCCAAACUCAGAGAGCACAUCACUCCAGAGGACAAACCCACCCACGUCAGCCCCACAGUCACCAAAGGCCUCCAUGUUGCCAAGCAAGCUACGGGAGGAGCUGUCAAAGUCAGCCAGUUUUUAGUGGACGGGGUGUGUACCGUCGCUAGCUGUGUGGGUCGGGAGUUGGCGCCACACGUGAAAAAACAUGGAGGCAAGCUGAUCCCAGAAUCUAUGAAGAAAGACAAGGAUGGGCGUUCCAACAUAGAUGGUGCCAUGGUGGUGGCUGCCAGUGGCGUGCAAGGGUUUGCAACCAUGUGGACUGGUUUGGAAGUAGCAGCAAAGAACAUCACUACUAGUGUAGCAUCAGAGACAGUCACCACUGUAAAACAUAAAUUUAGGGGUCUACAAAACAUCUUUGACCCACCUAAUGAGAAUAAGUGUAUGGAGCAGCAGCAGGACAAGCCACAGACCAUGCCGUCAAUUCUGCCAUUAAUGUCGGUAUCACUGCCUUCAACAUUGACAACCUGGGCGUCAAAGCUGUGGUGAAAAGGACUGGCAAGCAGACAGCGCAGGCCAUUUUGGAAGACUACAAGCUUCAGGAAAAACCAGCGAACGGGAAGCAAGUGGAGAAAUCGGACAAAUAGCUGGUAGUGCCCUCCUUGAUUCCCUCAGCAACGCCUUAAAGCAUAAUUUUUAUUCUUAUAUCAAAUUAAUCUAUAUUUAAUAUAAAUUAUUUAUAAAACACAUUUCAUACCUUCAAGAUGAAUACUGUUACAUCCAUAUACCAUAGUUUAAUACAGCUUGUAAGCACUUUAAUUUGUAGGUAGAAUAAGAUAGAUGAAUUUAAAUGUGGAGAACCAGAAGAUUAUAUAAUCCAAAUUAAAUCAUUAAUCUAUACAGUAUAUGGAUACACAAUAUAACAUUCAGGUAUUAUCACUUAACUUGAAAGAUAACAGCUUAACUCUGCCGUUUGUACUAAGAAAGCAAUGAAUGGUUGCCGACUCGAAUCUUUCCUAAUCUGUGUGAAGCAUCUCUGUGUGUGACUUUUUCCCUGGUAGGGUAAGUGCAAUUUAUAUACUUUGAAUGAAUGAUGAAAAAAAAAUAUUAUUUGUAUGGCACAAUCUUCAGAUAUUACUGUUUGAGACAAAAUAUUAUUUGCUAUACUGUUCUUUUUCCCAGAGAUGUUUGAAAGUUAUCACUGCUGCUGACUGUGCCUGCACAUAUCAAAUGAUAUGCAAAAAUCUAAUGUUUUGUAAAACUGAAGCUGUCCAACUUGUCCAAAGUCGAUGAUGUAUUUUUGUUGUAUGUAGCAAGAGAGCUUUUGCUGUCUAAAGCCGUAAAACUGAUGUGUCCUGCUACUAUCUGCAGUGCUGUCUGGUGCAUUUCAGUUCACCUGUAUCCACGUUUUCAAAAUGUUAAUGUUUAUAGUACUGAGUAGAACUGAAUUCCAUUAUUUUGAUGUAUGGACAAAACAUUUUACUAAAUAUGUAUUUUGAAGGGUGAUGCUAACCUUGUUUCCAAACCAGCUAAUUAUUAUUUUUUUGAGUGAAGUGAUCUGGUUUGUCUUCAACUUUAAGCCCUUAGUAUGUAAUUGUUAUUUUCAGACGGCUUUCAAGUACUCCACCAGUUGCGCAUUGAGAUUUCUUUAAAUCCUGAAAUAAUGAAACUUUUCUGGAAAAAUAAAAUGUUUAAAGAGACAAGA